AUGCCCUGCUUCAAGGGCAUAGCUGUCAGCAUCCAUGCCAAUGGCAGCCCUCUCCCCGAGUAUGGCAUGCAGCGGCAGUCCAAAUUCUCUCGGAUCAACAGCUUCAUCCCCGUCCCGUCCCCCACCCUGAGCGAGGAUUCGGGCAAGACGGAGCCUGCCAAGUUCGCCAUCUCGAUAACAUUAUUGACACCUGGCCUGCCCAUCCCUUACUCGACUCCGAAGCCAUCGCCCGACCAGCCCGAGCCGACCCCGCAGUUCGCCGCCCUGGAUGUGUCUUCAAGCAAGGCUGGCAGCGGCGUCCACCCUUACAUCCCGAUGACCAACUCCGAGAACGAGACAGUCGCUGCCUACAUCUACUUUGACGGGCGGGGCAAGGAGGAGGUGGCCACGCUGCUGCGGCCGGGUGAAGAGACCUGGGUCAAUAGCAGAUGGGUUCAGGUCCCUGACGCAGAAGGCGGUGGCCUGGCAGAGAGGGAGUUCCUGUUCCGCGAGGUUGGCCUGGAGCGCUGGCUGAACGGCCUGGACCUGCAGGGCUCCAACACCCAGGAGCGCCUCGAGAAGCGUCGCCAGAAGUUCGAGCGCCGACGUCGGAAGCAGAGGGCCGAGGGCGGCGAAGCCUCUAUGGUGGAUGAUAAGAAGCCCAAGGGUCAUAGAGAUACCCUGCGCUACACCAACGAGGCGUCGCCCGUCGAGGCGGUUCUGGAUGAUGAUGAUGACGACUCGCUGUCCGACUCCGAGGACGAGUUCCCCGAGGCUGCCGGCCAGAUCAAGGUAGCCAUGUUCCGCGUGAUAGCCUCGGGCGAGAUCAAGAAGGGCGAAUACUCCCCACAGUUUGGUGCGCACGACGACGACGACGAUGUGGACGGAGGGAACUCCAACGGUGUCGAUGCCGAUGUCGAGCAUACGACCAGCUUUGCCAAACCCAAGUCGCUCGACCCCAAGACGAUCAGCACCCAGACGGUUACCGGAAUCGACGGCCCCGAGAAGCCCUACGCCACCUUCACCUUCUACUACCGCGGUGACCGUCAACUGCAGAAGAUGGGCGUCCUUCCGACGUCUAAGCCGCAGCCCACGACCACGCCUUCUGCGAAGCGGCGGUCUGGUCAGCUCGAUCUGUCCAACCUCGGCCCCCUCAAGACCACCGGUACUGUGGGCUUCUCCGCGUUCAGGGACCAGGAGGCCGAGUCAACCAAGCGUAGGAAGUCCAGAAUGAAGAGUAAUGGAGCAGCAAGUGCUAUGGACGAGGACAGUGAGGACGACGAUGACGAGCCCGAGAUCUUAGGCAAGAUGGAGGAUCUUGACGAGAAAGAGGUCAAGUCCAGCAGCGCCCCCGAGGAUGCCAAGUUCACUGGUGAGCUGGCCGAGGGCGUUGAUAGGAUUCGAGUAUGUAUACUGCACUGCCCUACCUCUCGCCUUUGUUCGGCGCACACCCAACGAUCGACCGACCUGGGAGGCUCUACACCCACCGAUCAGAAGUCACCCACCCUCGGGGCCAGCUCAGCCGGCUCGCCACCCAUCUCCACUGGCUUCUCCGGUCUUGGAAAUAUACCUGGUCUGCCCUCAAGCACCACAGCCUUUGGCAAGAGUCUUCCGGAUGACACCAUCGUCGGUAGUCCCCUCAAGAAGCAACGCGCCGGCCCUCUGGACAAUGUCUCUCAGGCAGGCAGGGCCCAGCCAGACGAGGAAGAGCUGUGA